GGUUGGGCCAGACGCCUGAGGGAUGGCAUCAUUAGAACAACAAUGGAACUGGAGUCACAUUUUCUCAGCUUGUCCACGAAAUUUCUUUUCAUCAACUGCGGCGACCAGUUCAAUGACUAUCGAAACGAGCUGAAUACGCUGCUUAACGAGCUUAACGGGCUGGACUAUAAAAGUCAACAAAUUGGCGAUGUUAGAGCCCCGAUUCGGCUGGUGGAAUCUUUUGUAAAUAUUCCAACAAGCGAAGAUACGUUGAUUGUUAAAGCUUGUUGUCUAAUUAAAACGCUUAUUGUUAGACAAAACAUCACUGUUCCUGUUAAUGUAGCGAUAGCUCUGAUCGGUUGGUUGCUGAAGUGCUUGGAGCGAUGUUUCUAUCAAGUAGUUUGCGAUGUCCUUGGUUCGCUCCAACUAUUGGUGAAACACUGCGCCGAAAAUUUAAGUUUGUUCAGUGAAUGUUUGGUCUCUAAUAAUGGGGUGCUCAUAAGUCUACUUGCGGAUCCGAAUUAUAGGCGUUUAGAUAGGGGCAGCAGUUAUGAUAGCAGCUCUGCCGGAGAAAUGUAUUUGGCGACCAUGCUCUGCUUGGAAGCAAUUUUAACAGCUACCGAAGGAUCUGCCGAUGCUGAAAAGUAUUUUCCGUUGAUCGGUGAUUCGAUACUAUCUGUAACUUUUAGAAUUAGGAGCGAUAUUCUUCCUGAGCCUUCAUUCUGUAGCCUGAUGAUUUCGGCUUUUAACUGUUUACGGCUUGUUGCUACUCAGCAGGAAGAUUGGCUUGUUGAGCAUCUUGGCCAACUGCUAGGGGUAUCCAAAGCGUAUAUGAUGCAAGGUAUUCCGGGGGUGAACCAACUCACACCCCAAAAAAUAAUGGUUUCGCAACAGGGCGUGCCUGAGCCACAGCAUAUUCCAAUCAACAAAGGAGGCAAAGUCCCGAAAACACGAAAAACUCGAACUCAUCUAAAAGGGAAAGGUGGACGUACUGCUGAGGCUAGAAAACCUCCACCGAAAACCGGAGGAUCCACGUGGGAUGAUAAUAGUCGCCAACCGUACUCAGAGCAGAGUUUAGUGUUAGAGGUUCCAAUCUCCGUUAAUGCAGGCUCUAGUUAUCGGACCAGCGAUUCCGACUUUUCAGAGAGCGAAUCUUCACGCGCCCAGAUCGAUCGCCACCGUCUAACCAAGUUGCGCUUUUCAGCAUUAUCGCUAAUCAGUGCGAUCGCUCAGACAGUAGAAAAGAAAAUCAUGUUUGGCUACUGGCACUCAUUAUUUCCGGACGAGAACCGAACACCUUCAACCGUUUCACUGCUGAAUUGCGUGUUGAAAGAUCCGUCUCCAAAGUGCAGAAAAGCAGCCAUUCAAGCCACCUCGUUUUUGUUAUACAAAUCGAAACCAUUUCUUAUUCAGGCAGAAGGCAACACAAGAGCUCCCGCAUCAUUCACACCUUUUUCGAUAGCUUUGGGUCGUAUGCUAAUCGAGAUGUAUGAUAUGUUGACCCAGGCUCUAGCAGAUGAAAGCGAUUACUCGGUAUUGACGCAGAUUCUUAAAUGUUUGGCUGUCUUCAUUCAAGCUACGCCUUUCCAUCGAUUGCGGAAUGGCAUCGUCACAAAAUUUGUUCGGUUUGUUAGGAUUCUGACGCGUCACAGCGACCCUUGCAUCAAGGUCGGUGCCUUGAUGGUGAUGGGUUUUCUGAUAUCGGUCAGCGAAAUGACACCGGAAAUUGCUUCACUAGUAGGGAUUUUAACACCAGAUAUAGGCAACCGAAACAACGAAACAAGGAAGAAAAAUACCAUAGAAGCCUUGAAUGUACAAUUUGACGGUGAAGAGGAAGAAUUUAUGGCAUCUGACGACGAAGAUUUACCUUCUAAUAGUGAGGCUUUCUCGGAAGAUGUCAGUAACUCUACCAAUGCACCAAAAAUGUCGUGGUUACUUCAAAUUGCACUAGAAAACUUGGGCGUAACAGUUAGUGAGCAUAAACAGGCCCGAACGUCCGCUGUAAUGCCAGUUCGCAUGGAGUGUUUGCAAAUUCUUUCAGCAAUGACCUCGCACUACUCGCUGCUGGUGGAUCAUCUAGCUCUGGUAGCGGAGGCCCUGAAAAAAACAUUCAAGGACGCUGUUCCGGAGAUUAGACUAUACACGGCACGGGUAUCAGAUCUGUUGGGACAUGCCAUCAGUACAUCUCUACUGUCAGAAGUUACAAUCACUCAAAAAGAACUGGCUGAUUGUGUAGAUUUCUGGACAGAAAUGCUACCUUCGAUAACGGAACAAAUUCAAGAUGCCCAGCAAAGUCCAAUGUUGCGCACUAUCUGCUGUGAUGCGAUCGGUAAUUUGGGUGUGCAUGUGUAUGAAAAACUACCCCGCAAUCGUCAGCUCGCCCUAGUCUCGUUACUAACAGGAUGCACCUUUGACGAGGAUAGCGGAGUUAGCUCAGCAGCCGUUAGAGCCCUUUCGGUUUACACUUUGUUUCCUUCACUGAGGGACAAUAUCUGCUAUAUUGAAAAUACGAUUGAAGCAAUUUUCCGAAUAAUGAAAGACCCGAGUGUAGCCGCUCGCGUCAAAGCGAGUUGGUCAUUGGGGAAUAUAACCGAUGCUAUGGUGCUGAACAGUAACGAUCAGAGCGUUGAACGCAUCCGAGAUGAUAUGCUAAAAGAGGUUUUACAGUCUGCCAUUAACGCAGCCAGUGACAACGAUAAGGUUCGCUGCAAUGCCGUCCGAACCAUCGGAAAUGUUUUACGUAUUCUUCGAUUGGAGCACUUAUCGCUGAACGCUUGGAUCGAACUUUGCCAGAAUUCAGUGAAUAAACUUACGCAUAACAUUCUCCACUCGAAUAACGUGAAAGUGAAGUGGAACGCUUGUUAUGCCAUCGGAAACAUGAUGCGAAACGAGCUCAUGUUCAGCGAAGGUCAGCGGAUUGAUUGGCAGAAGCAGAUAUUUCCAGCCUUAUGUCAAAUAGCAAUUAACUCGAACAAUUUCAAGGUCAGAAUUAAUUCAGUUGCUGCUCUUUCUGUUAUUCAAAGCCGAGCAUUUUACGGUGGUUAUUUCAUUCAAAUCUGGAGCUCCCUACUGAAAGCUCUGGAACAAUCGGAUAAUCUGAUCGACUAUAACGAGUACCGACAUCGGGAUAAUCUUCAGGAACAACUCUGUUUAUCAUUAUCACAUUUCUUUGGACUAGCAACAAAGGAAGAUUUAGUGGCGAUGGGUAACGAGCUGCUGCCACUGUGCGAUGCAGUACGCCAGAACUGGGACAGAGUCGUCAACAGGAUACUGCCGGAAAAAUCGGCCAAACUGCUUGAGACGCGCGUUAAGUUGAAAGGGCUGCAGCAAUCACUACAAACUAGCGAAGUCCGCAGUGCCUUCGAGGUAAUUUUCAACUGUUUCGGGUGUGAAGGAAAUGGGACGUAAAAUUUGGCAGAUUUGCAUAGCAAACCUCUAAGUCAAUUCAUCUGUCUUUAUUGUUAUUUUAUAUUGGCAAAUGUAAAAUAUCAUUUGCAUGA